CCAUGUUCAAUGAUUGCAAUUUCCAGAACGUCUUCUUCCCCAAAUCCCAGCGGUGCGAUGUCGUGUGUGCGCAACAAACAUCUCCUUUUAUCGAUUCUCCUCCUCGAUUUCACUUUCGCCAAUCAAUUCCUCCAAGCUCAAACCCUAAUCGGCCCUAAUUUUGACGAAGCGCUUCUGCCCUUCGGCUCACACGCAAUCACCGGCACUCUAUCCACCCGCUGCAAUCGCCACGAAUUCGACGGUUCUAUCCCUUUCACUUUGCGUAACAACUGCCCCUUCACAGUUUGGGCCGCCGCCAUACCAGGCGGUGGCCGACAGCUCCAAACCAACGAGGCUUGGGUUAUCGACGUACCCUCCGGCACGACAGGAGGACGCAUUUGGGGCAGAACAAACUGUUCCUUCGACAAAUCUGGCCGUGGAAAUUGCCAGACCGGAGAUUGCGGCGGCGUUCUUCAGUGCGUAACCCUCGGCUCGCCCCCCAAUACUCUUGCUGAGUUUGCACUUGACCAAUUUAACGAUCUGGAUUUCUUCGACGUCUCUCUCGUCGACGGGUUUAAUAUCCCGAUGGAAUUCACACCGACGUCUAACGGAUGCAGCAGGGGCAUCCGUUGCGCCGCCGAUAUCAACGGGCAGUGCCCUAAGGUGCUGAAGGUGGCCGGCGGCUGUAACAAUCCGUGCACAGUGUUCAAGACCGAUGAGUAUUGUUGCAGUAAUUCUUCCACGAGCUGUAAGCCCACAAAUUAUUCGAAGUUUUUCAAGGGUCAGUGUCCGGAUGCUUACAGCUACCCCAUGGAUGAUGCAACCAGCACAUUUACUUGUCCUGGUGCUGGCGCGACUAACUACGCCGUCGUGUUCUGCCCCUCCUAGAGCUGGAAGUCGUUGAACGAGUGGUUAUGAAUAUGAACAAAAUCAGAGAAGGAAGAGUGCUCGUGAGCUUUAGUAGCUGGACAUUCAUGAAAUCCAUCGUUUAUCUUUGCAUGAAUGUGCCAAACAGAAGUGUGUACUCUCGGACAUCUUGAUUGGACACAGUUGCUCGUAGUUGGACGUCUUCAAGAGUGCAAUUUAAACAAGAGUGUGAGUUAAACUUCUACUCUAAGGCUUGACUUAUAAAGCGAGGUAGUGACUAUUGAACAAACUUAGUACGUAGGAAUGUAACUAGAUUUGUUUGCAAAGCCUUACAUUGGAAGGGUAACUCAACCACUUACCAGUUAAAUCGAGGUGGUGACUAUUGGACAAACUUAACACGAAGGAAUGUAACUAGGUUUGAUCACAAAGCGUUACAUUGGAAGGGUAACACCCGUUGAUCCUUUUGUGUAGGUUCAGGAUAACUCAACACUUCCGAGCUAAAUCGAGGCGGUGACUAUUGAACAAACUUAGCAUGUAGGAAUGUACCUAUGUUUGUUUGCAAAGCGUUACAUCGAAAGAGUAAUGCCCAUCGAUCCUUAUGCAUAGGUUUAGGAUAACUCAACACUUCCAAACUAAAUCGAGAUGGUGACUAUUGGACAAACUUAGCUCGUAGGAAUGUAACUAGGUUUGUUUGCAAAGCGUUACGAUGUUGUAUUGCAUGUUAAUGUGUGUAGCAUUAAAGCAACUAAAAGCUAAGUCUUGACCUCUCAUUACUAUUAUUAUCUUUCUUGCCUUGAGUUGUAUAUUUUUAAAUACCCAAAACUCAUCAUAUUUUCUAGUGAUUUGGUUACCUUUUAGUUUA